AUGAAAUCACCUUAUCUUCAAUCGGUGGUGAACAGAUUGGAGAGCUACGUGUUAGUGUUUUUAGCUACGCUCGUUAUCCUACACGGCGAUGGUAAAGCCAGCUUACCGCAUGUUUUAGUUAUUUAUCACGGAAGGAGUGGUGUAUUUGCCUUGUGGGGACUGGUUGUCAUCAGUUGCAUUUUGCUGAGGACGAGACACGUAUUCAUUCUUCCAACGGUUGGGGCAUCUUUAGUAAUCGGACUUUUCUUCCUGCUAUUCUCAGUUUAUGCUUUAUGGGCUCCUGUUGCUGAGAUCAUACUUUUUUUCGGCUUUCUAUCUUGCAUAAGUAUCUUUCGAUUGUGA